AUACAAAUUCGAAAUUUCAUUGAGGAACACACGUUAUUAUUAUCAAACCAAUUUAGUUGUUAGCUUCUUAUAAUAGCGUUCAAAUUUCAAUUUUGAGAAUAUGUGCAUAGUAGAAGUGAUUUCGAGGAAAUUUCAAAUUUCAUGAUAAUUUCCGAUUUCCUAUAUUUUCGUACACAUGUCCUUUACUCUGCUUGUUGGUCAACACAGAUAUACUUUGUCUUUGUUUAUAGGUUUUAAUCUAGUCGACAUGGUUCGAAAUGACGAAAAUGAAGAAGCCACUCUCCUUAAUCGUACAAAUGGAGGCGGGCCCACAAUUGCACCAAAUGGAUCGAAUAUCGAACGGGCACCAUUCUUGGCCAAACCAGUGCGCCUCACGCCUGCUUGGGAAGCGAAUAAUUUACCGAACGACGAACUUAAUUUUAAAGGGAUGACAAUGGAACGGGCUAGAAUGGAAAUAAAUCCACCAUAUGAUAGGUAUAGAUUGAUAUUUUUUACAUUAUUACUGCAUGGAGUGGGUACGUUAACGCCAUGGAAUAUGUUUAUAACUGCGAAAGAGUAUUUUGUUAAAUAUAAAUUGGGUGAAGAAUAUACGGGCGAAAGUAGUGAGUACAGUAACAACUUCCUUCCGUACAUUGCACUGGCAUCUCAAAUACCAAAUGUUUUCUUCAAUUGGAUUAAUAUAUUCGUAAAUUUAGGAGGAAAUUUAACGCCUCGCAUUGUGUUGAGUAUUUUAGUGGAAGUUUUCGUUUUCAUUGUGACUGUUGCCCUUGCGAUGGCUGAUUCGUCGGACUGGCCCGGAGCAUUUUUCUGGAUUACAAUCGGUUUGGUGGUUGUGUUAAAUAUUGCCGGAGGAAUUUAUCAAAAUUCAGUGUAUGGAAUGGCGGCCAAAUUACCGUUCAAAUAUACGGGCGCUGUAGUACUUGGUUCGAACAUUAGUGGUACAUUAACAUCGAUCAUUUCGAUUGCCAGCACAUAUUUUUCCUCCUCGGUGCGAACAGCUGCCAUUUAUUAUUUCAUAGCAGCAAUGUUUGUGCUGCUGGCUUGUUUCGACACAUAUUUUGCCUUACCUCUGAACAAAUUUUAUCGUUACCAUGAAAUGUUGCACAGCAAAGAGUUGGAAAAAUCGAAAAUUGUCAGUGGCAGAACUACUUCCCGUCCACCAUAUUGGACGAUAUUCAAGCAAGCGUUUCCGCAACUCUUUAACGUAUUUUUCGUUUUCUUCGUAACAUUAUCCAUUUUCCCGUCGGUUCAUUCAGAUGUUCAACAGUCUGAUCCAAAUUUCAUAGUGCCGAAAGAUUUGUAUCUGAACGUUCUAUGUUUCCUAACGUUCAAUCUGUGUGCUAUGAUUGGUAGUUUAUUGACAUCUUGGAUGCAAUGGCCCAAAAAGGAGUACUUAUGCAUCCCAGUGUUUUUACGUGUGGUCUUUAUUCCACUGUUUCUGUUUUGUAACUAUAAACCGGCCGGUGUGACACGUAUCAUGCCGAUAUACAUAGUGAAUGAUUGGAUUUACUGGGCCAUCGCCGUGCUCAUGGGCAUCAGUUCGGGUUACUUAAGUUCACUGGGAAUGAUGUACGCACCACAAACGGUAAAGCCACAACAUGCCGUUACCGCAGGUAUGUUUGCGGCAGCUAUGUUAAUUACAGGUAUCUUCUCCGGCAUUACGUUUUCGUUGGUAUUUCCGAAAAUUGUUUCGAAUUUAUCUUGGUAAUAAUUUUAGUAGAACACUUUUUAUGUAGGUAGUAUGUUGAUCAUACGAAGUUUUUUCUUUAAUACAAUCACUGACUGCAAACUAAUUCCGGUAUAAGAUUGUUAAAACAACAUUUUUUAAAGUUUGAAUUUUAGUUUUUUUUACAGUAAAUAAAAUGAAAAAUUAUUGAAUCUGUUUUUCACGCGACAGAUAAUUUAAAGUGAAAGAAAAUAAUUGAAGGAGAAAAUCUACUAUUUCAAAUAAUCAACUCCAUUUACAAUAAACAAUCAUAUCUAUUCAGGCGAAUAAUUGAUAAAUUAAUAAUAAUGAAUAUAA